AUGACCACAUUUCCAAUAGAAAUCACAAAGUUGUACCAUUUGCGAUAUCUAUCUUUAAGAGAUACUGCUGUAAGUUCAGUUCCACGCUCUAUUGUGAAUCUUCGACAUCUUGAAACAUUAGACCUCAAAAGAACCCUUGUACGAGAGCUUCCCAGUGAGAUUUUACGAUUACAAUGUUUGCGACAUGUAAUAGUUUAUGGUUAUGGUUCUCUACCUAAUAUGAUACCGCAUGGUUUAAAGGCUUUAAAAGGAAUAGAUUCCCUUUCUUCCUUGAGAAAACUUUGUGCUGUUGAGGCAAAACUUGGUGAAACUGAGCUUCUGAUAUCCAUAGGAAGGCUAACACAAUUGACCAUGUUAUGCAUUCUACAACUUGGAGUUGAGCAUGGAGAUGCACUGUGCUCAUCAAUUCAUAAAUUAAAGUUCCUUCGUUCACUACGUUUGGAUUCAAGAUCAGAUGAUGAAACCCUUAGUCUGGAGUUUAUAUCAUCCUCGUCUCUUCAAUUACUUCAGAGAUUAAUUAUAGUAGGACGCGUAGUGGAGAAUUCACAAGAAAGGUUACAAAACCUUACAAACUUGUCCAUAUUAUAUUUGUCUGGUAGUAAGUUGCAGGUUGAUCCGCUAAAGUCAUUACAAGCUUUACCCAAUCUAGUAUCACUCAGCUUUGAUGAUCGAGCUUAUGAUGGGCAGUCACUAUGUUUUAAAGCUGGAGGUUUCUUAAUGCUAAGAAAACUCUAUAUUGUAACAGCCAAAAACUUGAGAAGGAUGACAGUGGAAGAUAAAGCAUUGCCGCAUCUCGAACUUAUGUGUUUGGAAAAUUGCAAAUUACUAGAGGAAACUCCAUUAGGAAUUGAACGCCUAAAAAACCUCCAACACUUGUUUUUGAUAGACAUGGCUAUGGAAUUAAGAACAACUAUAUAUCGUGGAAGUCAACAUGAGAAUUACUUAAAAAUAAUGCACAUUCCAGGAAUUUACAUUGGAACGGGAGAUGAUGGUCAUUGGUUGUAGUAAUGAAGAAGUCGGCACUAGAUCUGGGUCUUGGGAAUGGCAGCAGCAACGAUGGAAGUGUCUCUCCUUAGAAGAAGUUCUUCUUGUAGUUUUGAUGCAGGUGGAUUGGAAAAUUGUUAUGGUUGUACUUUUGGACAUGGAUAGAUUGGAUUUGGUGGGUCUGGUGGUUUUGGAACUACAAAUCCAUUAAUCUAAAAUAUUCAAUCAAAAGCUAAAUGGUUAAUACAUCUAUGAAUUUAGGAAAAAAUUGUUAUUUA